AUGGUUUUAAAAGAGAAGAGGGAUGAAGACAUGCAAAGCCUGGCUAGUUUGAUGAGUAUGAAACAAGCUGAUAUUGGAAAUCUAGAUGAUUUUGAGGAAGACAAUGAAGAAGAUGAAGAAAACAGAGUGAAUCAAGAGGAAAAGGCUGCAAAAAUUACAGAAAUUGUAAACCAGUUGAAUGCUCUGAGCAGCUUAGAUGAAGAUCAAGAUGACUGCAUAAAGCGAGCAAAUAUGCCUUCAGCUAAAUCAGCCAGUUCCUCUGAAGAGCUUAUAAAUAAGCUUAAUUUUCUGGAUGAAGAGGAGCAAGACCUGGCCAACUCUAGUACGAACCCUUUUGGUGAUCCUGACACAGCAGAAUUAAAUCCCUUUGGAGACCCUGAUGUAGAAGAACCGGACACUGAAAUAGCUUCAUCUUCAAAGCCAGAAGAAAGUUUCUAUGCUGACAAUUACAAUCCCUUCAAGGAUGAAGAUGCCCCAGAAUACUUGAACCCAUUUGAUGAGCCAGAUCAUGAGCCUGAAACAUUUGUAACUGUAAGAGAUUCUCCUCCACAACCUGCAAAAAGGAAAAACGUCAGACCAGUGGAUAUGAGCAAAUACCUCUAUGCAGAUACCUCUAAAGCUGAAGAGGAAGAGCUAGAUGAAUCAAAUCCAUUUUAUGAACCAAAAUCAAGCCCUGCUUUAAUUAAAGUUGCUCCGCUGCAAGAACCAGAAAAGAAGAUGAAAAGAAAGGCUCCUGAACCACCAAAUCUCUUGCCAAAGACAGAGACAGGCAUGAGUGAGAACACGUCAGCUAUUCCUGCAUCGAGGGAGCUUUCUUCUUCUCCUAAGCCAAGCCCGAUACCAAGUCCUGUUUUGGGGAGAAAGCCAAACGCUAGUCAGUCACUGCUUGUGUGGUGCAAAGAAGUUACAAAAAACUACAGGGGAGUGAAAAUCACCAAUUUUACUACAUCGUGGAGAAAUGGUUUAUCCUUUUGUGCAAUAUUACAUCACUUUAGACCAGACCUAAUUGACUACAAGUUCCUGAAUCCUCAGGAUAUUAAAGAGAACAACAAAAAGGCAUACGAUGGGUUUGCCAGUUUAGGAAUAUCGCGAUUGCUGGAACCUUCUGACAUGGUUUUAUUAGCGAUACCUGAUAAACUGACUGUUAUGACCUAUCUCUAUCAAAUAAGGGCACAUUUCUGUGGCCAGGAAUUAAACGUGGUUCAAAUAGAGGAGAACAGUAGCAAAAGCACAUAUAAAGUGGGUAACUAUGAAACAGACACAAACAGUUCUGUCGACCAGGAAAAAUUCUACGCAGAGCUGAACGACCUGAACCGGGAGCCUGAGCUGCAUCCGCCGGACAGUGCUUUGGCAGACUUUGCUUCUCAGGAUGACUCCGUAUUUGUAAAUGACAGUGGUGUUGGCGAAUCUGAGAGUGAGCAUCAGACUCCUGAUGACCAUUUAAGCCCAAGCACAGCUUCCCCUUCUUCUCGCAGGACUCGAAGUGACACAGAUCCACAAAAAUCCCAGCAGAGCUCUGGAAGGACUUCUGCGUCUGAAGACGUUGGGAAGUGUAGCAGUACAGAUACAACGCAAGCGCAGCCUACAUUGGGAAGGAAGAAAUUGCUGAUAGCUGACACUUUAGACUUGAGUGACUUGGCACAUGUCAGUGAUCAAAAAGAGGACGCGUCUCCCACAGUUGCUUGUGAAGAUAACGACAAGAAGAGACACCAGAGCUCAGAAAGUACCAUUGGUUUCUCAGAGCAAGAAAAGCUGGGAUGUAUAGGAUCCACAGAGAGCACAAGAGCAGAUCCUGGUUCACCUGUCACAAAGCCGAGUUUAUCUCCUACUUCUAAGCUUGGAUACUCCUAUAAUAAGGAUACGGAUCUUGCAAAGAAACCACAUGCUUCUCCGAGGCAAACAGAAUCUGAUUCUGACAGUGAUGCCAGAACGGCUUUAAAUCAUGCAGAUCAAACUGCAAAAACAGCCCAGCAACGAAUGUUGUCAAGACAGGAAGAACUUAAAGAACGAGCAAGAGUUCUGCUUGAGCAAGCAAGAAGAGAUGCAGCUUUAAAGGCAGGGAAUAAGCAGCUAACCAAUACGAUCAUCCCAGCCCGCAAUAAGCAGCUGAAUGAUGUAAGAAAUAUUGGCCAGUAUGGCAGUUUACACGUUAAUGUAAAUGCAUUCCCUGAGCCUGUGAUGUCAGCUACUUGCUGUUUCAUAAGUGUUGUUGCAAUGAAUGAAGCUGCUUGUGACAGUCUUGUAAAAGAGUUGAUGGAACAAUUCCUUUUUAUCACCAAAGUUGAUUAUGCUGGUGAGAUGGGAAAGUGGAGCUGGGGAAUGAGCUCCAGUGUUGAAGCAGCUAUGGUUGCACCUCCAGUGGCCUCCGUGGUGACCUGGAAGGAUGCAUACUCUCUGGAGAUGAAAGCUAAUUAA